AUGGCAACCUACUAUGACUACGAGGAAGAGGACCUCGGCGACAUGGAGGAGAACCUCACAGAGGAGGAGCUGCUAGAAGAUGGAGACCCCGAGGUGGAAGAUGACCCGCCUUUAGAAGACGAAUCCGAAGAAGCUGGACAACUUCAGCCUACAACGCAGGCAAAAGCGAUAGUAGAGCUUCCAAGAAGGCUUCGUCUUCGAGCACCAGUGCACAGCGCAAGCCUCGUGGAAACCUUCCAACAGGUUCAGCAGAAACUCCUGCCCAACCGCGCCAAUUUCAAUGUGGCCUUCGCCUCCACAUUGCUCAUGGCAAAGGAUUUGGCCGAAGCAGCCAAUGACCUCUGCAGAAAAGACAAGUUUGACGAGACUCGCAUGGCGAACGUUGGUGGUGCUAUGAAGAGCUUCUUCCAGCUGACCUUUGAGACUAAGGACAAGGGUUGGACUAUGCGGGAUGUGGUGGACUACAUCGACAAGAGCGCCAGCUUACUCCUCAGAACCAACGGGGAGUAUGAUUGGAAGAAAAUGAAGCAAGCGGUUGAGCUUUUGUACCCGACGGUGCAUGUGCCUUCACCUUCGAGGACUUCUACGACCUCAAGUGGAGGCAAAGCUCAACAUGGCCGCGGACGAACGGCGCACGAAGUUCAGCAGUGGUCCGAUUGGUCAAUGCCUGACUCGUCGGAUCCCCAGUUGUUGGAAUGGAUGGAGUACUAUGACCCUGUGGAGGCCAUUGCAGAGAACUUCACCUCCGAUUCCAAUGACUAUGCCAUGGCUAUCCCUGAGCCUCGUGCACGUGAACUCCAUUCGUGCUUCAGCAGUCACCGUGAGAACAGGCAGAAGCUUGCUCAAGCAGUCCAAGCUCGUGGCUACUAUGUCAAUGGCAAGGGCGGCAAGGGCAAGAGCGGUGGCAAGGGCAAAAAGGGCGCCCCCAAGGGCAAAGGUCGUGGAGGAGGUGGCUCCAAAGGCAAGGCUCGAGGCAUGACCUUAGAGGAGUUGAAAAAGACCACAACGUGCGCAGCAUGUGGCCAGAAAGGCCAUUGGAAGGGUGAUGGUGAAUGUCGACAGAGCAACAUCACUGCCCACAACGACUUCGAUGAGGAGCAGGAGGGCGAUGAAUGGUAUGGAGAGUGGACCGAGUGGGACCCGGCUCAAUGGGGUUGGGCUGAAGAGGAGACACGCGUUGCCAAUGUCUCCGACCGCUCUCACAGCAAGUCUCGCCAACUUCGUUCCCGAGGCAGCGUCGAUGAUGAGGCCUUCGAAGCAGCGCGCAAUGUGAGUCAGAUCCGGAGCAAGGUGCAGAAGACUGGACGGUCGUCUUCAUCGUCGAAGGUGACUUCCGGGGACUUCUUUGUCACCGGCCUGGAAUACGCCAAGAACGUCCUCGAGGCCUCCAAGGAGCACGAGAGCUUUGUCAGUGCUGGUCCUGAAGCAGUUCGAGCAGCGCGCGAAGUUGUUCGACCAGGGCAAGACUUUGAGCAGGUUGGGUCCGUAUGGCAGCUCUUGGCCAGUAAGCCGGAUCAAGAAGUCGAUGUUGACAGGCUCAGAGUCAGGCAGGGCUACAUGGUGCGGAAGGUUGAGCUGGAGAUUGCUGAUGCAGACUCUGACAUCGAGCUCCUUCCGGACCACAAUCUGCCCAGGUUGACUUGCAGCAUGCAGCGAAGGAGAGCAACAGUGGACCCUUCGCGAUCAUACCUCACCAUAGACACCGCGUGUGAGAACACGGUUUGCGGUUCCAGCUACUUGCAGUUCCUCACGGACAAGCUGAAGGUCGACGGCCUCAAACCGCUUGUGGAGCCCGAGUUCGAGCAGUACUGCUUUGGCCCCGGGAAGCCUCAAGUUUCUCAGAUGCGAUGUUCGCUUCCCAUCGGCAUCGCUGGCUAUGCAGCAGUCAUUCGCACAUCGGUCAUCCAUGAAGAGCAGCUGCAAGGAGGGAAGGGUCCCAACCUGGCGGGACAGGAUUGGCUGAGGAUGAUGCAGGUUCCCAUCGAGAUCGAUGGAUCGGGCCACCUUGUGAUCGCAAUCGACGAUUACCCCAAGGGCGGCUGGCCUCCAGGGCUCACCACCAUUUUGGAUGAGUACCCCGGCGGCGUCUUCACGGCAACCCGCCAGACUGGCGAUGACGCCAUCGACCCUGUACAGACAGAUGGCAAAAAGAGCAUGUGUGCUGUUGCGGCUUCCACUUCCUUGAACUUCAUCCCCAACUUCAUCUAUGAGCCCAAUCACGACAACAUGAACAACUGUUUUUUGAAGGGACCUUGCAGCGUUCAUUCCGACUAUUGGGAAUAUGAUGUGCAGCGUGGUGUUGUUCUUCGGUACCAUCGCAGGCCCCGAGAUCAUCUUUUUCAUCCCCUCGAAGUUGGAGAUGGUCCAGAUCCCAAGAGCUUGCAAGGAAGACUUUUUCGAUUCCUGAAGGGCAAUUCGGUUCAAGACAUCGACAUCUUCAAGAUGCACAGAGCGUGGGUCACUUCGAACUUGGCCAUCCGCGAGCUCAAGCACCGAGCUCCAGCUCUGAUGGGCUAUGCGGAGGCGAUGGUGGAGAGCGAGAUUGCCGAGCUGCAGGUGCAGAACCUCCCGGCGACUUUGCCACCUUCGACGACAGCGGCACGGGGUCAGACCCACAGAGUGAUCCAAAAGAGCUACCCCGUGGAUCCCAAGAGGAGGCAAGGUGAGUCCAGCAACCCGAGAUCCACCGGCCGCAUGAACUCGGGGUACAGUUCGAAGAAUCCCCGGGACACGGUGGACCUGACCGGUACAGACUCGGAGACUUGGGAGACCGUGGGCAUGGACGCGGAGAGCGACAAUGAGAAGAUGGACCGCUGGAAUCCUCGACUCGCCAUCGUUGAGUACCCCUGCACUCCAUGGAGCAUCCUCCAGAGGAAUGUCAACUUCCGCGACAACCCUGAAGCACUACGACGCCUUCAACAAGCAGAUAAGCCCUUUCUACGCCUCACCAAGGACAUUUUCGACAGCCAGACUCGACGAGGAGCCCAUGCUUUGUCAGAAAACCCUGCUACAGCUGAUAGCCAACGGGAACCAGAGAUCGUCGAGCUCCGGAACAAGCACUUCGAGACGACUAGUUGCAUGUGCCGGUUUGGUAUGGUUGGGCGGAAAGGAGUUCACUACAUCGACGUGGACAAGGACGUGACUAAGUGGCGUGAGCCUAUGGACAUGUCUGCUGAGAUCCUCGCCAGGAAGGCGCAAGAGGACCUCUUCAUUGACCCCAACACCGAGCUCUACAAGAAGGUCUCUGCAUUGGUGCCAUGGCAGAUUGCGAACAUCCAGAUCUCGCACUUGCCUAAGGCGAAGAGGAUUCGCCCUGGCUUGGAGAAGUGUCAUCGUUGCUCGGUGCUUCUUCAGCACGAUGAGACCAUCAUCAUAGAGACCGAACAUCUCCCAGAUGCUCAAGCACCUCGAGAGAGAUUUGUUACACCAGUGAGGUAUGCCAUCUUCAUCUUGGCUAUGCUCCUCGUGACCCCAAAGAACCGUCCCCAGCACAGCCUCUACCUCUUCAACCUGUUCCCCAUGAUGGAGAAGUUGUGGUGGACCACUUGCAGAGUAAUGGAGGACCAGAGACUGGCGCGACAGGACUAUGGUGCUGGUGAAUGUUGGUUUCAAGGACCUCCACUUCGCACUGAGCAGAAGAAGCUGGCACCAAGCAUUGUGAGGCUGCACCGCAACUUGGGUCAUCCGCGUCAGGAGGACAUGGUCCGAGCUUUGGUGCAACAUGGCCAGAUGGACCCAGAGUGCAUAACACUGGCCAAACGCCUCAAGUGCGCAACUUGUGAGCGCACACGUCGUCCUUUGCCACCUAGGCCUACGAGUCUUCGGGCCACAGGCAGUUUCAAUGACAAGCUGUGUUUGGAUUACAUCUUCAUCCACGAUAGCCAAGGCGAGAAGCACAACUACCUGCACAUCCUCAAGCCCAAUGGCGGCUACAACCUCUUCAUCCACAUGCCUUCCAGAUCCCCAGAUGACGUCUGGAGAGUUUUUCAAGAUGCUUGGGCCUCUUGGGCAGGAUUUCCGAGAAGAGUUUGGAUAGAUCAGGAUGGUGCUUUUGAAGGUGUUUUCCAUGAGUCCAUCUCCAAGUUUUCCCAGGUGGACACUAGCGCAGCAGAAGCGCAUUGGCAGACAGGUGAGAUUGAAGCCUUCAACCGAGCCUUCAGGUAUGCGGCUGAGCGCAUCAUUGAUGAGCGCCAGCUGGCCGGCCCGGAGGAUAUGAAGAAUUUGGGCAUCAUCACCUCCGCCCCCAUGAAUGACAAGAUCCGCGCAUGUGGGGCUUCUGCCAACCAGCAGCUCAUUCGAGCACAAGCUGACAUGCGCAUCUCCCAGUACCGUGUUGACCAUGCACUUCGCACAGCCAUCCACCGGAAAGGCAGACCUGGACGUUUGACCUAUGAGCCAGGCGAGCUGGUGGCUUACUGGAGAAAUGUCAAGAAAAAGAAGGGCAAGAUUUUGCAGCCCGGCUGGUUCCGUGGCACAAUCGUUGGGCCACAUCGUGGAACGGAAGAAGGAGGCCAGAACAACUAUUGGGUGACCUCCAACGGCAAGUUGAUACUGGUCUCCAAAGAGCAACUUCGCCCUACAUAUGGAACUGAACGUUGGCGCAUUGACGAGCCAGAGCUUCAGGAGUUCCUCGACAAGGACCACGACACUUUCGAGGACCAGAUCGGUGAUGGACCUCCUGAUGACGCCUUCAUCGAGGACGUUAAUGAGACCGAGAUGGUGGUCCCCUACAACGACGACCUCGAGUACACGCCAUCAGUUCAUCCUGGAGCGGAAGCAGAACAAGAUGUACCGCCUCCAGAACCAGGCGAAGAAGCUGUACCGGCUUCGAGUGCGGCGCCUUCGUUGGGCACAGAUAUGUCAGAGCACAGUGCAAAACGACUGAAAGUCGGCGACCAAGAUGAAGGGCAACCGCAUGGAUUUGAAGUGGACCCUCAACUUUUUGAUGAAGCUCCACGCGCAGCUCUCCUCACAAGCCGCUUUGUGCCAGAGCAGGAGCAUGAGAAGUUUGCGAUUGUUCCUUUUUUGGUGCUCCUCACCCGGAAGCAGCAGAAAGCGCUAGAGAAAGAGCUCCCUUGGACUAUGAUACCGGUUGAUGAGAGACCCAUGUACCAUGACGCCUUGGUCAAGGAGUGGGGAACUUGGUGCAAGUACCAAGCGGUGAUGGUUCUCGAUCUGGUGGCCUCUGCAUAUGUCUUGGCUAAUGUGGACCCCAAGCGCAUCCUCGACACGCGCGUGCUCUACAAGAACAAGAACGCGGCAUACAACUGGAUGCCUGUGAAACCGAAAGCUCGCAUUGUUUGCCGAGGAGAUCGAGAUCCAGACUUGUUGACCUUGAGGAGAGAUGCUCCCACACUUACGCGGUUGGGCCUCAUGCUGAUUUGUCAGUUGGCCACUUCCAUGGACGGUUGGUUCAUGAUGAACUGCGACAUAACCGGAGCUUUCCUUCAAGGAGAUCAAGGAUUGGCAGCUCGCAAGGAACCGCUCUUUUUGAAGCAGCCCCGUGAAGGACUACCAGGACUUCACCCUCAGCAGAUUCUUUUGGUUGUCAGAGGGAUCUUCGGCCUGGCGAACUCCCCGAGACUUUUUUGGAGGCAUCUGAGAGACACCUUACUUCAGAUGGGUUUUCGCCAGAGCAGCUUGGACAAAGCCUUGUUCUUGUACUACAAGGACCAUAAGCUCAUCCUCGCCAUCGGCGCGCGCGUCGACGACCUCAUCGGCACGGGCGAACCUGGCUCCGCCGACGAGAUCCUCAAGCUUCGCGAGACCUUCGACUUCGGCGCCUGGGCAGAUGACAGGACCGACAAAGUCCUUGAGUAUGGCGGCAAGCAGAUCACUCGCACCGCCAAUGGUGAAGUCAAGCUCACGCAAGAGAAGUUCAUUCAGGCCACCUCGAUCACUCCGAUCCCAAAGUGGCGAACAGCGACUCCAAACGCUGAGCUGAGCGGCACAGAGCUGACAGAGCUACGCUCUGCUGGUGGGUGUCUGCAUUGGCUCGUUGGCCAGACCAGGCCAGACUUGGCCGCAGGAACCUCGCCCUACAUGUCCGGCACCCCGACUGUGGACUCGCUGAUGAACUUGAACAAGCUCCUCAAGGAAGCCAAAUCCUCAGAGACCUGGGGAUUGACCUUCAAGAAGAUUGACCUUGACAAAGCCCGCAUCCUGACCUUUACGGACAGCUCCUGGGCUAAUACGAUGGCCAUGGACGCUGGCGUUGACUCCGGCAUCUUUUGCAGAGAGCUCUUGGCUGAGAUGUUGGUGGAGGACUAUGAGCCCACUACAUCCGGGAGAUUGCCACCAAGCUUCAUGCCUAUGCAUGCAGUGACCGACUGCCGCAGCUUGUUUGACCUGUUGGUCAAAGACGGACCGCCAGCUACAACACAAGAGAAAAGGCUGGUGAUAGACAUCAAUGGCCCCAAGGAGGCAGCCUUAGAAUUCGACCCGGCUGGCGAACACCUCAAGGACACCUUUCGAUGGGUGGCAUUUCCUCGACGCAGGAUGGCUUCGCAUCCAGAGGAUCGAAAGCCCUGA